AGCGUCAAUACGAGGAGAUCAAAGCUGAGGAGGCUAGGAGUAUACAGAGGAUUGCUGGAUUGAAGAAGCAGCUCGCAGAGGUCAGGAGAAGAAGGAGGGAGAAGCUCGAGUAUGGACGUGUGGCCGAGAGUCUCGAGGCUUGGUUCAAGAAUGGUGGAGGAGUGGGAAGUGGGAUGGAGAUUGAGGAGUACGUCUACCACCCAUGCUCUGGCGAACCGCGUGUCGAGCAGCUGAAGCUGAUCCUCCCCCUCCCCAUUGUAUCCCCAGAUCCCUCUCCAAUCUCCUCUCGCACCUUACCUCUUCCUUCCUGUACAACCCAUCAAGCACCUCGACCACAGAUGAAGCCUCGUCUUCUGCAGCCGCCUCCACGUCCAGCACCACCUCUCCGCACGCCCACAACCUCUCUCUUCUGCAUGCAAAGAUAGACGAGAUGCUCAAUCUCUCGCGUCAAGUGCGGGAAAUUGUAGGAUGGAAGGCUGGCUCCGGCUCGGCAACAGGCGGCAGCAACAAUGCUGCAGCAGGCGGGGGACCAGCAGGAGCAGGUCAAGGGCAAGGGCAGGGACGUAGUCGUGCUACCUCUCCAGGUAGCAGAAGCACAACAGCGCUCCCCUCUGCUGGUCUUCUGAACCCCCACGCGAGACCUUUCGAGCCGGGCUCCGGCUCUGCCUCCUCCGUUUCGACGAAGAGAAGCAGGGUCUCAGGCAGGCCAGACGACCUUUACGUGUCCAUCUCAUCUUCUUCAGGUCUGAACAGCGGGGGACUUGGCUCCUCCGAUCUCGAGGAGGGAGAGGAGCCUGUACCUUCUUCCUCUAGCGGCAUGGUGAAGAGUUCAGGAGGUGCCGAAGGCAGUAAGAGACGUCGAGUUGAUGCAUCCCGAGGAGCAGGCGCAGCUGGAGGGUCCGGGGGCGGAGGAAGAGAGGAAGGCGAGGCAGACGAUGAUGAUGAGGAAGGAAGCAUACCGCCUGCUACCGCAAGUGGCUCUACCGCUGCUGCUACUGCUGCCGGGUCUGGCGCGUCAACUCCUAGUGCACCAACAGCAACAUCUGCCUCUGCUUCUGUAGGAAGAGGAGCGCAACCUCUGACUGGGAGACGUGGACUGCCCGCUAGGGUUGUAGCGAAUAGUGCUGCUGCUGGUAGUGGCAGUGGGAACACUUCGGGGGCAAGAGGGAGAGGUAGAGCUUCCAGGGGACGGUAGACUGCAGCAGCAGCAGUCCUCUUCUUCUGCCGAGAUGUGCGCUGCUCAGAUGCUUAAUAUCAUAUCCUAUAUCCUGUGUCCACCUUGAC